UGCUCCUUUCUGAAAUGAUCACUUGGGUAUAUUUAGGUUUUGAAACCUGAGAGCAACGACUUCUGAUUGGCUGGGUCACCCACAUGAUAACCUGGCUAGAAAGUGCAGCUGUGUGCUGUCGCCCAGCUUUUCUCUGGAGGGAGGCUGGAAAGGCUUUGGCGGCUUGGGAGACCAUUAAACUUAAACUUAACCGAGCUUCUAAAACGGUGCCAAAAUGGCAGAUACUGGAGACGAUUAUGAUGACUAUGAUGAUGAGGAGGAGGAGGACGACGAAUCUGUGGAGUACUUUGAGCAGAUUACAACAACCACAACGACAUCUCACUCUGAGCACAAGACUCAGGGCUUACAGUCUGGCUUGCCUGCCAGGAAAGUCAGGAAGAAGGCCAAGGUCGAUACUUCCAAGUUCAUGACUCCAUACUUGGCCCACAGUAAGAAGAUGUUGGAACUGUUCAGCCAUAAUAAGUACCGCCAUGCUUAUGACCUGUCCAGAGGGACAUCUCCUGCCAUCUCCACUGAGACCCCUGAAAUGAUCCGCAUUAGGAAGGCCCAGGAGCAGCUUAGUGAGGUUAAAUACCGUAUGGCAGGCAACAAGGUUCGAACGACCAGCCUGUAUGGCAGUGACGCCAGAGAGAUCCACCAUGUCAAGCAUGUGUCCGAGCUGAUCAGCAAGGUUCUGUACAGACAAAAGUGGGAUGAGACCAAGGACAAGUACCUGCUGCCACCUGAUGCUCCUGAGCUGGUUCUGGCUGUGAAGAAUGCUGCUAAUUAUAGCAACAAACUUUACAAAGAGUCCUGGGAGGAGGAGAAGACCCUGUUCUACCCGUACACCGACAGCCCCGAGCUGCGCAGGGUGGCCAAGGCUCAGCAGGUCCUCAGCGAUAUUCUUUAUAAGAAGGGUCACGAUCAGCGCAAAGCCAAGUACACGUCCCUGCCUGAUCCUCCUGAGGUGGAGCUUGCCAGGAGAGUGGCCGAUCAGCGCAGCGAUCUUAAAUACAAGGAAGAUUACAAUAAAAACGUGAGGGGGCAGUGGUGUGAGACGCCCUACUUUGACGUAGCUAUCGCCAGGAUGGCAAUGGACAACUUCAGUGAAAGAAAAUACACUCAACAUUAUGAAGACACAAAAGACCAAAUUUAUUUCAUGCAAACAGAAACGCCCGUCUACAGCUCGUGCAAGAAGGCUCGUAUUGCUGCCAGCGAGGUCCAGUACAAGAAGGAGUAUGAAAAAACGAAAGCGCAGUGUGACUACAACACGCUCCCUGCAACAGAGAAUCCACUCCUGAGACAGCUCAGAUAUGCUGGCACCAUCCUCAGCGAUAAAGUAUACAAGGCCAACUAUGAGAAAUCCAGAGGUUUCAGCAUCAACUACUGUGACACUCCCAAGUUUCAGAUGGACUCCGUGCUGAAACGGUUUACCGAUACACGUUACAAAGCAAAAUAUGAAAAUGAGGUGAAGGGCCACUACGUCGGCAGCUAUGAAGACGUCUACAUGCUUCACUGCCAGAAAGUCGAGGAAAUGAAGAACGAGCAACUAUAUAAGGCAGACUAUGAAGACAUAAAAACUAGAUGCUUCUUUCCUCAAACCGUUACACCUGAAUACGAAGCAGUGAAGAAGCUUCAGCAGUGUAGUGAUAAAGUUUAUCGGCAACAUCCAGAUAAAGUAAAGUUCACUCAAGUGGUGGAUUCUCCUGUCCUCGUUCAAGCCGCCAUCAACGCCAAACAGCUAAGUGACUUAAAUUACAAGGCGAAGCAUGAGCAAACAAAGAUCAAGUAUAGUCUCCCUCCAGACUAUCCCUUCUUCGUCCAAUCCAGAGUCAACGCUUUUAACCUGAGUGAGAGUUGUUAUAAAUACGACUGGGAGAAAACUAAGGCAAAGAAGUUUGAGAUCAAGGGCGACACCAUCUCAAUACUUGCUGCUCGCGCUCACACAAACAUUGCCAGUGAUGUUAAGUAUAAAAAGGAGUAUGAGAAGAACAGGGGACGUAUGGUUGGAGCUCUCAGCAUCAAUGACGAUCCCAAAAUCUUGCACUCCGUUCACGUAGCCAAAAUCCAGAGUGAUCGUGAAUAUAAGAAGGACUAUGAAAAGAUCAAGACCAAGUAUCAUACACCACUUGAUAUGAUCUCAGUCACCUUGGCCAAGAAGUCCCAGUCCAUCGCUAGCAUGCGUGGGUACAGGAGCAUCAGCACCAACUACUUCCUUCCUUAUGACAGCGUGCUGCUGGACCUGGCCAAGAAGGCCAACACCAUCCAGAGUGAUAAUGAUUACAAGUCUGAAUACAACGCGUACGUUAAGGGAACACCAUGGGUUCCUUAUGGAUCCAUGGACGUGGAGAAAGCUAAGAAAGCUGCCGAGAUCCUCAACGAGAAAAAAUACAGACAGCACCCGGACACAAUCCCAUUCACAGCCAUCAGCGACCAUCCCAUAAUGCUGCAGUCCGCAGUCAACCAGCUUCAGAGGAGUGAUCUGUUCUAUAAGAGAGGUUUGGAGGAGGUCCAUCAGAAGUACUCUCUGCCUCCUGAUAUCCCUGAGCUCCUCCAGGCCAGGUGCAAUGCCUACAACAUCAGCAAGAACUACUACAAGCUUGCCUGGCAGGAAAUGAUCGCUAAAGGUUAUGACUUGAAGCCUGACGCCAUCCCUGUUGUUGCUGCCAAAGCAGCCAGACAUGCUAUCAGCAACGUCCAAUACAAAAAGGCUUAUGAGAAGGAAAGAGGCCACCAUGUUGGCUUCCGCAGCCUCCAGGACGAUCCCCUCCUGGUCCACUACAUGCAGGUGGCUAAGAUUCAGAGUGACAAGCUGUACAAGAAGGACUACCACAAGGCCAAGCUGAAGUAUCACACCCCGGUGGACAUGCUGAGCUUGGCUCAUGCUAAACAAGCCUCAAAAGUGCAGACCUACGCUGGCUACAAGCAGCAUCAUCAUACUUAUUGCCUUCUGCCUGAUGCAAUGGGCCUCCAGCUUGCCCGCAACAUGAACUACAACUCCAGUGAUUAUAAUUAUAAAAUGGAGUACGAGACCUCAAUGAAAGGAAUCGGCUGGGUUCCAAUUGGUUCCCUGGAUGUGGAGAAAGCCAAGGCAGCAGCAGCAGCUCUGAACGAGACAAAGUACAGACAGCACCCUUCCACAAUCAAAUUCACCAGCACCUCUGACUCCAUGAGCAUGGAGCUGGCCAAGGCUAAUGCAAAGAUACUGAAUGAGAAAGAGUAUAAAGCCAGCGGAGAGAAGUUCAUGCACACUUACCACCUUCCAGCGGAUGCUCCUGAACUGAUGCAAGCCAGAUACAAUGCUGUCAACAUUAGCCAGAAUUAUUACACAUAUGCUCAUCGUCAAGAUCUGCUCAAGGGACAUCAUGUGAAGGAAGAUGCUAUUCCUGUUGUUGCUGCAAAAUCUGCCAGAGACAUUGCCAGUAAUGUCAAGUAUAAAAUGGCUUAUGAGAAGGAAAGAGGCCACCAUGUUGGCUUCCGCAGCCUCCAGGACGAUCCCCUCCUGGUCCACUACAUGCAGGUGGCUAAGAUUCAGAGUGACAAGCUGUACAAGAAGGACUACCACAAGGCCAAGCUGAAGUAUCACACCCCGGUGGACAUGCUGAGUGUGGUCCAGGCCAAGCAAGCCUCUGCUGCUCAGACUAUGACUGGCUACAAGAAGAUUCCUCACAGCUUCCUGCUUCUUCCUGACAACAUGCACCUGCAGCUGUGUCGCAACAUGAUGGAGAUUCAGAGUGAUAAUGUCUACAAGUCAGAUUAUACCAACUACUGCAGAGGGAUAGGGUGGGUCCCUAUUGGUUCUUUGGAUGUUGAGAAAGCCAAAGCUGCCAAGGCUGCUUUAGAUGAAAGAAGCUACCGCCAGCAUCCAAGUUCAUUUAAAUAUACAAGCAAGACUGAUGGCAUGAACAUGGCUCUAGCUCUGACCAACACAAAACAAAUGGACCAAACUGCAUACAAAGCAUCUGGAGAAAAGUUCAUGCACACCUAUCAUCUUCCCUCUGACUGCCCAGAGUUCCUCCAGGCUAAAUUCAAUGCCCAGACCCUAAGCGAGAGUCACUACAAGCACAAGUGGCAGGAGGAUAUUGCCAAAGGAUAUGACAUGAAGCCCGAUGCUAUUCCUAUUCUGCAUGCCAAGCAGGGCAGACACAUUGCCAGCAAUGUCCAAUACAAAAAGGCUUAUGAGAAGGAAAGAGGUCACCAUGUUGGCUUCCGCAGCCUCCAGGACGAUCCCCUCCUGGUCCACUACAUGCAGGUGGCUAAGAUUCAGAGUGACAAGCUGUACAAGAAGGACUACCACAAGGCCAAGCUGAAGUAUCACACCCCGGUGGACAUGCUGAGUGUGGUCCAGGCCAAGCAAGCCUCUGCUGCUCAGACUAUGACUGGCUACAAGAAGAUUCCUCACAGCUUCCUGCUUCUUCCUGACAACAUGCACCUGCAGCUGUGUCGCAACAUGAAUGACAUAGCUAGUGAUGUUAAUUACAAGUCUGAAUGGAACAGCUAUAUCAGAGGCAUUGGGUGGGUCCCUAUUGGGUCACUUGGUGUCGAAACGGCUAAGGUUGGUGGUGAGAUUCAGAGUGACCGGAAGUACCGCACCCAUCCAUCUAAUUUCAAGUUCAGCAAACUUAUGGACUCCAUGGACUUGACCCUGGCCACUGCCAACAACCAGAUCAUGAACAAGAAAGCUUACACAGCAGCUUGGGACAAAGACAAGCUGACCGUUCACGUCAUGCCAGAUUCUCCUGAGAUUGUCCUGGCCAAGGCUAAUGCCCUCAACAUGAGCCAUAAACUUUACAAAGCUGGUGUGGUAGAGAUGGCCAAUAAAGGCUACAACCUGAAAGCAGAUGCCAUUCCCAUUGUAGCUGCCAAGUCUGGUACCACUAUCGCCAGCAACUACAAGUACAAGUUGGCCUACGAGAAGGCAAGAGGCCACCAUGUUGGCUUCCGCAGCCUCCAGGACGAUCCCCUCCUGGUCCACUACAUGCAGGUGGCUAAGAUUCAGAGUGACAAGCUGUACAAGAAGGACUACCACGAGGCCAAGCUGAAGUAUCACACCCCGGUGGACAUGUGGAGUGUGGUCCAGGCCAAGCAAGCCUCUGCUGCUCAGACUAUGACCGGCUACAGACAUAUCCAGCACUCUAAUUUGCUCCUGCCUGAUGCCAUGAACCUGGAACUGGCUCGUAACAUGAAUUUCAAUUCAAGUGAUUAUAACUACAAGGCUGAAUGGAACAAUUAUUUCAGAGGCAUCGGAUGGGUGCCUAUUGGGUCACUGGCAGUUGAGACAGCUAAAGUCGGUGGUGACAUUCUCAGUGAAAAGAAAUACCGCCAGCAUCCAUCCCAAUUCAAGUAUAGCAAACUGAUGGACUCCAUGGACCUGACUCUGGCUACUGCCAACAACCAGAUCAUGAAUAAGAAAGCUUACACCGCUGCUUGGGACAAAGACAAGCUGACUGUCCACAUCAUGCCAGAUUCCCCUGAGAUUGUCCUAGCUAAAGCUAAUGCCCUCAACAUGAGCAAUAAACUUUACAAAGCUGGUGUGGUAGAGAUGGCCAAUAAAGGCUACAACCUGAAAGCAGAUGCCAUCCCCAUUCUAGCUGCCAAGUCUGGUACCACUAUCGCCAGCAACUACAAGUACAAGUUGGCUUAUGAGAAGGCAAGAGGCCACCAUGUUGGCUUCCGCAGCCUCCAGGACGAUCCCCUCCUGGUCCACUACAUGCAGGUGGCUAAGAUUCAGAGUGACAAGCUGUACAAGAAGGACUACCACAAGGCCAAGCUGAAGUAUCACACCCCAGUGGACAUGUGGAGUGUGGUCCAGGCCAAGCAAGCCUCUGCUGCUCAGACUAUGACUGGCUACAGACAGAUCCGGCACUCUAAUUUGCUCCUGCCUGGUGCCAUGAACCUGGAACUGGCUCGUAACAUGCAGUUUAUUGCUAGUGAUAAUGAGUAUAAGAAGGAUUAUGACCUUUACAUGAAAGGAAUUGGAUGGGUUCCUAUUGGUUCGCUUGAUGUGGAGAAAGCAAAAACAGCUAGUCAGAUUUUGAGUGAGAAACGAUACCGUCAGCAUCCCAGCAACUUUAAAUUCACCAAAGACAUGCAUUCUAUGGACCUAACGCUGGCCACUGCUAACAAUCAGAUUAUGGAUAAGCAAUCGUACACAAAAGCCUGGGAUAAGGAUAAGACCUCAAUCCACAUCAUGCCAGAUGCAAUGGACAUUGCCCUAGCCAGGGAAAACAGGAAAAACUACAGUGAGAAACGCUACAAGCUGGAUAACGAGCUCUCAAAGAAGAAGGGCCAUAACCUUCGUCAUGAUGCCAUUGCAAUCCAAGCUGCCAAAGCCUCCACUGUUAUUGCUAGUGAUUACAAGUACAAGACUGGCUACCGCAAGCAGGUUGGCCACCACAUUGGUGCUCUGAGCAUCCAGGACGACCCUCUGCUCAUGCUGGCUUUAAAUUCAGCCAAGAUCGCCAGUGAUGCUCUGUACAAGAAGGACUUCAACAAGUCCAAGACCAAGUUCCACCUCCCAGUGGACAUGCUGGCAUUUGAACUGGCCAAGAAGAACCAGAUUCAGGUCAACAAUGCCAAUUAUAUUACACGUCUGCACAACUGGACUUGUCUGCCUGACUCAAAUGAUGUGGUCCAGGCCAGACUUGCAUACGGCAUUCAGAGUGAUGUUGUGUACAAAGAGGAUCUGAAGAUGAUGCAGGGUAUUGGAUGGGUGCCUAUAGGUUCGCUGGAUGUUGAGAAGGUAAAGAAAGCUGGUGAGAUCCUGAGUGAAAACAAGUAUCGUCAGCACCCGAGCAAGUACAAGUUCAAGCUCACCACUGAGGACAUGCCAAUGGAACUCGCUAAGGCCAACGCUCAGAACAUGAACAAGAAAGCCUAUACUGAAGCCUGGGACAAAGACAAGACCAGCAUCCAUAUCAUGCCUGAUGCCAUGGAUGUUGUUCUGGCCAAAGCCAACAAAGUCAUCUACAGUGAGAAAUUAUACAAGCAGGCCAAUGAAGAAGCCAAGAAAAAGGGAUACGACCUACGAAAUGAUGCCAUUUCUGUUCUAGCAGCGAAGGCCUCCAGGGAUAUUGCCAGUGACUACAAGUAUAAAACCGGAUACCGUAAGCAGGUUGGCCACCACAUUGGUGCCCGCAGCGUCCAGGAUGACCCUCUGCUCAUGCUGGCUCUGAACUCAGCCAAGAUCGCCAGUGAUGCUCUGUACAAGAAGGACUUCAACAAGUCCAAGACCAAGUUCCACCUCCCAGUGGACAUGCUGAACCUUGAACUGGCCAAGAAAUGCCAGAUCCAAGUCAACGACUUCAACUACAGAACUCGUCUGCACCAAUGGACCUGUCUGCCUGACUCCAACGACGUGGUGCAGGCCAGACUUGCAUAUGACCUCCAGAGUGAUGCUGUGUACAAAGAUGAUCUGAAGAUGAUGCAGGGUAUUGGAUGGGUGCCUAUAGGUUCGCUGGAUGUUGAGAAGGUAAAGAAAGCUGGUGAGAUCCUGAGUGAAAACAAGUAUCGUCAGCACCCGAGCAAGUACAAGUUCAAGCUCACCACUGAGGACAUGCCAAUGGAACUCGCUAAGGCCAACGCUCAGAACAUGAACAAGAAAGCAUAUAUUGAAGCCUGGGAGAACGAGAAGACAAAGAUCCACAUCAUGCCUGAUGCCAUGGAUGUACUCCUUGCCAAAGCAAACAAUUAUAAUUACAGUUUGAAAAGGUAUAAACAGGAAAAUGAGGAUGCCAAGAAGAAGGGCUAUGACAUGCGUAACGAUGCUGUGUCCAUCAUCGCAGCCAGGGCAUCCAGGGACAUUGCCAGUGAUUACAAGUACAAAACCGGAUACCGUAAGCAGGUUGGCCACCACAUUGGUGCACGCUGCGUCCAGGACGACCCUCUGCUCGUGCUGGCUCUGAACUCAGCCAAGAUCGCCAGUGAUGUUCUGUACAAGAAGGACUUCAACAAGUCCAAGACCAAGUUCCACCUCCCAGUGGACAUGCUGAACCUUGAACUGGCCAAGAAAUGCCAGAUCCAAGUCAACGACUUCAACUACAGAACUCGUCUGCACCAAUGGACCUGUCUGCCUGACGCCAACGAUGUGGUCCAGGCCAGACUUGCAUAUGACCUCCAGAGUGAUGCUGUGUAUAAGGAGGAUCUGAAGAUAAUGCAGGGGAUCGGAUGGGUGCCAAUUGGGUCACUGGAUGUUGAGAAGGUGAAGAAAGCUGGUGAGAUCCUAAGUGAACGGAAGUAUCGUCAGCACCCGAGCAACUACAAAUUUAAAAGCACCACUGAGGACAUGCCUGUAGUUUUGGCAAAGGCCAAUGCUCUGGUUAUGAACAAGAAAGCAUACACCGAAGUCUGGGACAAAGAGAAGACAAAGAUCCACAUCAUGCCAGACGCAAUGGACGUUCUACUAGCCAAAGCCAACAAUGUCAUUUAUAGUGAGAAAAGGUACAAACAAGCCAAUGAAGAUUCCAAGAAGAAGGGCUACGAUCUGCGUAAUGACGCUGUAUCCAUCAUCGCAGCCAAGGCAUCCAGGAACAUCGCCAGUGAUUACAAGUACAAAACCGGAUACCGUAAGCAGGUUGGCCACCACAUUGGUGCACGCUGCGUCCAGGAUGAUCCUCUCAUCAUGCUGGCUCUGAACUCAGCCAAGAUCGCCAGUGAUGCUCUGUACAAGAAGGACUUCAACAAGUCCAAGACCAAGUUCCACCUCCCAGUGGACAUGCUGAACCUUGAACUGGCCAAGAAAUGCCAGAUCCAAGUCAACGACUUCAACUACAGAACGCGCCUGCACAACUGGACCUGUCUGCCUGACUCCAACGACGUGGUGCAGGCCAGACUUGCAUAUGACCUCCAGAGUGAUGCUGUGUACAAAGCUGACCUGAAGUGGCUCCAAGGGCUGGGCUGGGUCCCCAUUGGCUCUCUUGACGUAGACAAAGCUAAGAAGGCUGCUGAGAUUUUGAGUGAUAGGAAGUACCGCCAGCACCCCAGCACUGUUAAAUUCACCAGUCCAGUAGAUGCCAUGAACAUUGUGCUGGCCAAGAGUAAUGCACUGACAAUGAAUAAGCGCCUGUACACCGAGGCUUGGGAUAACGAAAAGACCAAACUGCACAUCAUGCCUGACACCCCUGAGAUUGUCCUCUCUCAGCAAAACUCUCUCAACAUGAGCAAGAAACUCUACAAACAAGGUUUUGAAGAGACCAUCAGUAAAGGCUACUUCCUUCCUCCAGACUCCGUCUCCGUCAAGGCAGCUAAGGCCUCCAGGGACAUCAUCAGUGAUUACAAGUACAAAACCGGAUACCGUAAGCAGGUUGGUCACCACAUCGGUGCCCGCUGCGUCCAGGAUGAUCCUCUCAUCAUGCUGGCUCUGAACUCAGCCAAGAUCGCCAGUGAUGCUCUGUACAAGAAGGACUUCAACAAGUCCAAGACCAAGUUCCACCUCCCAGUGGACAUGCUGAACCUUGAACUGGCCAAGAAAUGCCAGAUCCAAGUCAACGACUUCAACUACAGAACGCGCCUGCACAACUGGACCUGUCUGCCUGACUCCAACGACGUGGUGCAGGCCAGGAAAGCCUAUGAUCUCCAGAGUGAUGCUGUGUACAAAGCUGACAUGGAUGAGGUUGUUGGUGUAGGCUGGGUCCCCAUUGGUUCCUUGGAUGUAGUGAAAGCCAAGAAUGCUGCAAAGAUUCUCAGUGACCACCUUUAUAAGCAGAAACCAGAAAAAUUCAAGUUCAGAUCUGAUAUGACUGCCAUGCCCAUGGUCUUAGCCAAAGCAAAUGCUGAAAUUAUUAAUAAGAGAAACUACAUUUCUGCAUGGGAAGCAGACAAACUUAAGACCCAUGUGACCCCUGACCUUCCUGAACUGUUGCUCUCCAAAGUUAACGCUUAUAACAUCAGCAACAAAAUCUACAGAGAAGCUGUAGAGAAGAUGUUCAGAAAGGGCUACAACAUGAAGCCCGAUGCGGUCUCUGUUGUUGCAGCCAAACACGGAAGAGAAAUCAUCAGUGAUUAUAAGUACAAGACUGGAUACCGCAAACAGCUUGGUCACCACAUCGGCGCCCUCAGCGUCCAGGAUGAUCCUCUCAUCGUGCUGGCUCUGAACUCAGCCAAGAUCGCCAGUGAUGUUCUGUACAAGAAGGACUUCAACAAGUCCAAGACCAAGUUCCACCUCCCAGUGGACAUGCUGAACCUUGAACUGGCCAAGAAAUGCCAGAUCCAAGUCAACGACUUCAACUACAGAACCCGCCUGCACAACUGGACCUGUCUGCCUGACUCCAACGACGUGGUGCAGGCCAGAAAGGCUUAUGACCUCCAGAGUGAUGCUGUGUACAAGGCGGACAUGGAAUGGGUGAAGGGAAUGGGAUGGGUGCCAAUAGGUUCCCUGGAAGUGGAAAAAGCCAAGAAAGCAGCUGAGAUUCUGAGCGACAGGAAGUACCGCCAGCAUCCCAGCAAAUUCCACUUCACUGCCAAAACAUCAGACAUGCCAUAUGCUCUCGCUCAGGCCAAUGCCCAGAUUAUGAACAAGAAAGCUUAUGUUGAGGCCUGGGAGAAUGACAAGACCAACCUCCACAUCAUGCCCGACACACCUGAGAUCGUCCUCGCCCAGCAGAAUAAACUCAACACUAGUCGGAAAUAUUAUCGUGAAGGUUUUGUUGACACCAUCAACAAGGGCUACUUCCUGCCCAAAGAUGCAGUUUCUGUCUUAGCUGCCAAAGCAUCCCGUGAUAUCGUCAGUGAUUACAAAUACAAAGCUGGAUUCCGCAAGCAGUGCGGCCAUCAUAUCGGUGCCCUCAGCGUUAAAGAUGACCCACUGCUCAUGCUGGCUGCUCAUGUAGCCAAGAUCUCCAGUGACAACAUCUAUAAGAAGGAGUUCAACAAAACCAAGACCAAGUACAACCUCCCAGUUGACAUGCUGACGAUUGAACUGGCCAAGAAAUGCCAGAAACAAGUGAACGACUUCAACUACAGAACUUACCUACACCAGUGGACCUGUCUUCCAGACUCUACUGAUGUAGUGCAGGCCAGGAAGGCUUAUGACCUGAAGAGCGAUGCUGUGUACAAAGCCGAUAUGGAGUGGCUGAAAGGAUGCGGCUGGUCACCACACGAGUCCGUAGAUGUCAUCAAAGUGAAAAAUGCACAGGCUGUCCUUAAUGACCGACUCUACCGCCAGCACCCAAGCACUGUCAAGUUCACCAGCGCCGUCGACCUCCCGGCUAUUGUCCUAUCCAAGCAAAAUGCUCACAACCUCAGUGAUAGGAAAUAUAGGGAGGUCUGGGACAAGGAGAAGCUCGUCAUUCACAUACCACCUGACAUCCCCCCCUAUGAGCUGGCCAAGGUUAACGCUGUUACUAUCAGCAACAAACUGUACACAAAGUCAUGGGAUGACCAGAAGGCCAAAGCCUACAAUGUCAGAGAGGAUGCCAUCUCUGUGUUGAAAGCCAAAGCCUCCAGAGACAUCAUUAGUGAUUACAAGUACAAAACCGGAUACCGUAAGCAGCUCGGCCACCACAUCGGCGCCCGCUGUGUCCAGGACGACCCUCUCAUCAUGCUGGCUAUGAAUUCUGCCAAGAUCGCCAGUGAUGCUCUGUACAAAAAGGACUUCAACAAGUCCAAGACCAAGUUCAAUCUGCCAGCGGACAUGCUGACUCUGGAGCUUGCUAAGAAAUGUCAAAUCCAAGUGAAUGACUUCAACUACAGAACAUAUCUGCAUCAGUGGACAUGUCUGCCUGAUUCCAACGACGUGGUCCAAGCCAGGAAAAUUUAUGACCUUCAGAGUGACGCUGUGUACAAAGCUGAUCUGGAGUGGAUACGUGGCUGUGGAUGGAUGCCACAUGAAUGUGUGGAUGUUAUGAAGGUGAAGCAUGCUCAGAAGAUCCUCGCUGAUAGAGGCUACCGAGUUAAAUUGGAUGAGCAGAAAUACACAGUUCCUGUGGACAGAGUUGACUUUGCUUGUGCCAAGAAUGCUGCUGAUGUGUUGAAUGAGGCCAAGUAUCGUGAAGCGUGGCACCAGGACAAAACUAAAUACUCUCUGGUAGAUACUCCCAGUCUUGCCACAGCCAGAGAGGUGGCUAAAAACAUCCACCCAAAACUGUACACCGAAGCAUGGGACAAGGUGAAAGCCACGGGAUACUUCAUGCCUGGUGAUGCUGUACCGAUCAAACAAUGCAUCGAUACGACUAAAGUGCAGAGUAAACACAAGUACUUAGAGGGAUACCGCAAACAGCUUGGUCACCACAUCGGUGCCCUCAGCGUUCUGGACGAUCCUCUUAUCGUGCUGGCUCUGAACUCGGGCAAGAUCGCCAGUGAUGUUCUGUACAAGAAGGACUUCAACAAGUCCAAGACCAAGUUCAACCUGCCAGCAGACAUGCUGAACCUUGAACUGGCCAAGAAAUGCCAGAUCCAAGUCAACGACUUCAACUACAGAACCCGCCUGCACCAGUGGACCUGUCUGCCUGACUCCAACGAUGUGGUGCAGGCCAGGAAAAUUUAUGAUCUCCAGAGUGAUAACGUGUACAGAGCUGAUCUGGAAUGGAUCCGCGGCUGUGGUUGGGUGGCAGCAGAAUCUGUUGACCACGUCAAAGUCAGGAAGGCCCAGGAAAUUCUCAAUGAUAGACUAUACCAGAAAAAUGCCAAAGAAGGAUUUGGAAAAUUCUCCCUGAUUGUGGACCGUCCAGAGAUCGUCUUGGCAAAAAUAAAUGCUGCCAACCUCAGUGACCUGAAAUACAAGGAGACCUUCAACGCUGAAAAGGGUCAUUACAUUGGUUCGGAUGAUACUCCUCAACUGGCCCAUAGCAGAGAGAUGGCUAAGAACAUCAGUGAGAAACUCUACAAAUCCAACUGGGAUGCAUCCAAGGCUACAAGCUACCAUCUGAACCAUGAGUACAUCCCUCUGCUCAGCGGCAAAAAAGGCAGAGAGAUUGCUAGUGAUGUCAAGUACAAGAAAGAACAUGAGAAGGUCAAAGGUCACUACAUGGCUGGAACCCUAGUGGACUUCCCAGAGGUCAUGCGCUGUGGACAACAGGAGAAGAAUAAGGGACUGAGAAUCUACCAGAAGGACUACCAUCAGACCAAGACCAAGAUCCACCUUCCCUCUGACAUCAUCGCUAACCAGGUAGCCAAGCGGUGCCAGGACAUGUUGAGCGACGUGCUCUACCGCACGCACCUGCACCAGUGGACCUGCCACCCGGAACAGGAGGAUGCUAUUCGGGCCCGAAAAACCAAUGAGAUUCUCAGCGAUGUGUUCUACAAAGAUGACCUGAACUGGAUGAAGGGUAUCGGCUGCUACGUCUGGGACACACCAGAGAUUCUUCGUGCCAAGAAGUCCUAUGAGCUGCAAAGUGACCUUAAAUACAGAGCAAACGCCAAGAAGGAAUUCCAUAAUUACUCCAUUGUGACUGACACCCCUGCUUAUGUGACUGCUGUCCUGGGUCACACCUGGGCCAGUGACCUGAACUACAGGGAGGCAUAUCACAAGGAGAAGCACAUGUACACCACCAUCCUGGACACCCACGAUUACGCCAGAUGCCACGACUUCAAACACUUCUUUAGCAACAAAAACUACACAGCUGCCUGGGACAAGAUCAAAGCAAAGGGCUACAAAAUCCCAGCUGACUCCAACGCUCUGCAACACGCCAAACAGCAGAAGAUUGUUCUCAGCAACGUGAAGUACAAGGAGGAUUAUGAGAAGUUCAAAGCCCUCUACAGUCUGCCAAAGUCACUUGAAGAUGAUCCCGCCACUGCUCGUUGUGUCAAAGCUGGAAAACUGGUCCUUGAUCGUCUGUACAAAGCCAACUACGAAAAGACCAAAGCCAAAAACCACAUCCCCCCAGACAUGCUGGAGAUCCUGGGAGCUCGCAACACUCAGUCUGCCGUCAGUGGGAUCCACUAUCGCAAGUAUCUGCAUCAGUGGAUGUGCAUGCCGGACAUGCAGGUGUACGUCCAAGCCCGCAAAGUCAACGAACAACUCAGCGAUAUCUUCUACAAGGACGACUUAAACUGGCUGAAAGGUAUUGGUUGUUACGCCUGGGACACUCCAGAGAUUCUCCGUGUGAAGCAGGCUGGCAUCCUUCAGAGUGAGGCCAAGUACCGAGUCAAAGGCAUUCAGGCUUUCAAGGACUACACUGUGGUGACGGAUACUCCAGUGUAUGAGACAUCCAAGCAGAAUGCUAAGAACCUGAGUGAUCUCCAUUACCGUUCCGAUUACAAUACCAACAUCAAGGGCACCAACUCCUCUCCAGCUGUUACCAUUGAUACAGAAAGAGUCCGCUUGGCCAACCACAUCCAGAGUGAUAGCUGGUACAAAGAGGCCAACAGGAAGUUUAUGCCCACUGGUUACUCGCUGCCCAGCGACACGCCGCUCAUCAAGCAGGUCAAGAUAAACAGCGUCGUCACCAGCAACGCAAAAUACAAGGAAGCCUACGAGAUGACGAAGGCUAAAGCGUACACUCUUCACCCAGAGGGGGUCAACUUUGUCACUGCAAGGAAGGCUCAUAAGAUCAUCAACGAUCGUUUGUAUCGUGAGACGUACCAGAAGCAUAAGGACAAGAUCCACACAACCUACGACACUCCCGACAUCAAACAAGUCAAGAGUAACCAGCGUAACCUCAGCGAUCUUUGCUACAAAGAGAAAUACUACAACAGCAGAGGCCAGCUGAUCUCUCUGCCCAUCACGCCUGAGCUCAUGCACUGUCACCAUGUCAACGAGAUCACCAGCGAUCUCAAGUACAAAGAAGAUUUGAUGUGGUUUAGAGGUGUCGGCUGCUUCUUGUACGACACCCCAGAGAUGGUCCACGUCCGCAAUAUCACCAAGCGUAGGGUUAGCUACCCAGUGGAAGCUAAGAAGAACCUCGCCAACUUCACCGUGGUCCUGGAUACUCCAGAGUACAAGCGUGUGACUGAGCUGAAGACCCACAUGAGUGAUAUGAUAUACAAAGCUCACAGCAAAAAGGAAAUGACAAAGGUUAGCUCCAUUCCUGACUCUGUGGACAUCAAGAGAGUCAAGUGGGCCCAGCAGCUGACAAACAAGUACCAGUAUGUAAACCUGGCAGCAAAGGAAAGAUCUCACUUCACUCCAGAAAAGGACACUCCAGAUAAUCAACAUGCCAGAAAAAUGAAAGUGGUCUACAGUGAUACCAAAUACAAAGAGCAGUAUGAGAAGAUGAAGCACAGGUACACUGCUAUUGCUGAUACGCCUCUCCUGAUCCGGUCAAAGAAAGCCUACCUGCAGUCCAGUGAUCUGCGCUACAAGGAGACCUUUGAGCUUUCCAAGGGUCACUACCACACAGUCAAGGAUGCUCUGGACAUCACCAUCCACCGCAGAGUCACCGAUGACAUCAGCGAGGUGAAAUACAGAAAGAAAUACAUAAACUCUCUGGGCACGUGGAAGUCCAUCCCUAACCGGCCCGAGUUCUUCUUCAGCAAAAUGGCCAACGACAACGUCAGCAAUGUGAAGUACAAGGAGGACCUGGAAUGGCUGAAGGGCAUCGGCUGCUAUGUGUGGGAUACUCCUGAGCUGCAGCUGGCUGACAGGAACAAGUCGCUGUACAGCGAGAGAUUAUACAAAGCCUCAUUUGAGAAGAACAGAGGGAACUUCAGGUACACGUGUGACACCCCCUUCUUCCAGGCCGCAAAGACCGCCUCUGCUCUCAUCAACGAGAAAAAGUAUAAGUCCCGAGCAAAGGAUCUGCUAAAGAGUGGCUGCAAUGAGUUGCUCCGCCCCGACAUCCUCACAGCCCUUUGCCAGUCCAUUACGGGCAGUAAGUGGAAGUACAGGGAGCAGUACGAGAAAGCCAAAGAUAAGUUCACCUCGGUUCUGGACACGCCUGAGUAUGAAACUCACAAACGCAGCAAGAAGAUCACUGAUAUCCUCUACAAGAUGGAGUACAACAAGACCAAGGCGAAAGCAUACACUUUGCCUUAUGACACACCACACCAACAGCACAUGAAGAAAGUCAAGGAGAUCACCAGCAAUCUGAAGUACAAGGAGGUGUAUGAGAGGAGCAAGGCCCAGAUCAACAUGGACCCUGAAGCUCAUGAGAUCCGUGCUGCCAAGGAGGCCUACAAGAACAUCAGCAACCUCGACUACAAGAAGAAGUACGAGGCGACCAAGAACAAGUGGAUCUGGACAACUGACAGACCCGACUUUGUCAAUGCGGCCAAAAACUCCCUGCAGCAGAGCGAUGUGGAGUACAAGUAUGACAAAGAGAUGAUGAAGGGCUGUGUGAUACCUGUUUCUAAUGACAUGUACACCCUUAUGUACAAGAAAAAUGCCGAAAUGGCCAGCGAAGUGAAGUACAAAGAGAAGUACGAGAAGGAAAAGGGACACUACGUGCCCGUUUUAGACACUCCUCAGAUUCUCCAUGCCAAAGCUGUGCGCACCUUAGUAUCAGAGAGCAAAUACAAGGAGGCCAGUAAGAAGGCCAUGCAGUCCGGCUCUUUCACCACCCUGUCUGAGACUCGUGACACCGCCCACAGCAAGGGGAUCAAAAAGCUCGUCAGUGGGAAAGAGUACAAAUCGAAGUUUGAGAAGGAAAAGGGGAAGUCCAUUUACAACCAAAUGAUUGUUCCACCAGAUGUUCAGCAUGCGAUGGAUGUGGCAAAGAGCCAGAGCAAUGUUGCCUACAAGAAAGACGCCAAAGCCAGCCUGCACUACACUACCGUAGUGGACCGUCCUGACAUCAGGAAGGCCACUCAGGCUGCUAAACUGAUCAGUGAGAUUGGCUACCGGGAAAAGGCCCGUGAAGAGGCCAGCCGCGGAGGUUCUCUGAUCAAUCGUCCAGACAUCGCUUUGGCAACUCAGGUGUCUCAGCUGACAAGCCAGGUGGAGGCCAAGACCUCCCUCCAUGGAGCAUCUUCCUAUGAUACCCCCCUGAUGCGCCACAUUAAGAAAAUGAGUGCAGUGACUAGUGAUGUGAAGUACAAGGAGAAGUUUGAUAAGGAGGUGAAAGGGAAGAAGCCACAAUUUGACCUGAAGGAGAGCAAAAUUUACAAAACUUUGAAGGAUGCUAAUGACCUGGCUAGUGAGGUAAAGUACAAAGGUGACCUGAAGAAGAUCCACAAACCUGUGACCGACAUGGCCGAGUCGCUGUCCAUGCAGCACAGCCUGAGCACCAGCAAACUCUCCAGUGACUACCGCUACAAGAGGAAAUUUGAGGAGAGUAAGGGUCACUACCACAUGAUCCCCGACACACCAGAGCAGCUCCAUCUCAAGGAGGCCUCUGAGCUCCAGAGCAACGUAAAAUACAAGGAGAAGUAUGAGAAGGAGAAGGGCAAACCCAUGCUGGACUUUGAGACGCCCACAUAUGUGACAGCGAAGGAGGCCCAGCACCUGCAGAGCCAGAAAGACUAUAAGAAGGACUUUGAGGAGUACAUGAGGGGAAAGAACCUCUCAGGCUUGGAGGUCACCCCUGCCAUGAUUCAUGUCAGACACGCCACCAAAAUAGUCAGUGAGAAAGAGUACAGGAAGGAUCUAGAGGAGGGAGUGAAGGGUAAAGGGCUAACUGCACUGGAGGAAACUCCGGAGCUUUUGAGAGCAAAGAAUGCCACUCAAAUCCUGUGUGAGAGAGAGUACAAGAAGGCACUGGAGCAGGAGAUCAAAGGCAAAGGGAUGUUGGCGUUGGCCACAGAUACCCCUGACUUUAUGAGAGCCAGGAACGCCACUGACAUCCUCAGUCAGACCAAGUACAAGCAGACAGCUGAGAUGGACAGAGCCAGCUACACUACCGUCAUUGACACCCCCGACAUCAUCCACGCUCAGCAGAUGAGGAACAUCGUCAGCCAGAAAAAAUAUAAAGAGGAAGCUGAGAAAACCAUGUCUCACUAUGUACCGGUGCUGGACACGCCAGAGAUGCAGAGAGUCCGUGAGAACCAGAAGAACUUCAGCACUCAUCAGUACCAGACUGACCUUAAAAACAUAAAGGGCAAAGUGUCUGCGGUAAAGGACACGCCUGAAAUACUCCGUGUUAAAGAGAAUACGAAGAAUUUCAGCUUGAUUCAUUACAAAGAAGAUUUGGGAGGAGGAACAUCUUUGCCCGAGACCCCCGAGAUGGAAAGGGUUAAACGUAACCAACGGAACAUUAGCACGAUACAAUACAAGGAAUCAGUGGGUCAAGGGACAGCCAUUCCAGACCUCCCGGAGGUGAAGCGGGUCCGAGACACCCAGAAGAAUAUCAGUCUGCAUCAUUACAAAGAAGGAGUGGGACACGGCACGUCCGUGUCAGAAACCCCCGAGAUGGAGAGAGUUAAACGCAAUCAGCAAAAUAUUAGCACGCAUCAUUACAAAGAAGGACUGAGACACGGCACAUCCGUGUCAGAAACCCCUGAAAUGGAGAGAGUUAAACGCAAUCAGCAAAAUAUUAGCACGCAUCAUUACAAAGAAGGAGUGGGACACGGCACAUCAGUGUCAGAAACGCCAGAGAUGGAGAGAGCUAAACGCAAUCAGCUAAAUAUUAGCACGAUAAAAUACAAGGACUCUCUGGGUCGAGGCACAGCGAUACCAGAUCUACCCGAGGUGAAGCGGGUCAAAGAAACCCAGAGGCACAUCAGCUCGGUGUUGUAUAAGGACAGCUCAAACAAGGGAACGCCUGUGGUCUUUACUCCAGAGAUGGAGCGAGUCAAACGGAACCAAGAGAACAUUAGCUCGGUGAUGUAUUCUGACAGCUUCCGUAAGCAGGUGCAGGGCAAGGCUGCCUUCGUUCUGGACACACCUGAGAUGAGGCGUGUCAGAGAGACCCAGCGAAUCAUCUCUGGUGUGAAAUACCACGAAGACUUUGAGAAGAGCAAGGGCAGCUUCACUCCAACGACCUCUGACCUGGUGACAGAGCGUGUGAAGAAGAACACACAGGACUUCAGCGACAUCAGCUACCGUGGCAUCCAGAGGCGCGUGGUGGAGAUGGAGAGGAGACGCGCCAUCGAGCAUGACCAGGAGACCAUCACGGAUCUGCGUGUGUGGCGCACAAACCCCGGCUCUGUGUUUGAUUAUGAUCCAGCUGAGGACAACAUUCAGUCCAGGAGUCUGCACAUGAUGUCAGUACAAGCCCAGCGCCGCAGCAAGGAGCACUCCCGCUCCACCAGCGCCUUGAGUGGCCUGGCUGAUGAGAAGUCAGAGGUGUCCCAGGAUGUGGACCACCACCUGUCUCUCUACAGCAAUGGUUUUAUGACCAGCUCCAUAGGCUACCAGCAGGCUAAAACUGUGGAGCUGCAGCAGAGGUCAUCAUCAGUGGCCACCCAGCAGACCACUGUCUCCUCCGUUCCCUCACACCCCUCCACCACUGGGAAAACCGUGCGAGCCAUGUACGACUACGCCGCAGCAGACGGCGAUGAGGUGUCAUUCAAAGACGGUGACGUCAUCGUUAACGUGCAGUCCAUCGACGAGGGCUGGAUGUACGGAACAGUGCAGCGCACCGGCAAGACCGGCAUGCUGCCUGCCAAUUACGUGGAAGCCAUUUAAAGACAGAAGCCCGCCCAUCGUCCCUCCAGAGUGGGCGAGACCCAUCCACAGGGCCAGCUGGCUGCUCCUCCUGUCACAGUCAUGACUCGGUGCAAUCUGUAGCUUUUAGUUUCUUCUGGCUUUUGAACGGUGAUUUGAUUGGUGUUGUUUUUCUUGUUGGUAAGUCUGCUGCCCCGUUCCCUGUGGAUGUGAUGAAAGCUUCAUAGAAACACCUCUAAUAACCCACCAUGCUUACAGUGAAUGACUGUUAGAUUGUUGGAACCGCUCCGUAUAAAUGUCUCGCUAACCUACAACCUGACCCACCACUUUGUACAUUCAAAAACCUUGAUAGCGUAAUUUAAUGUACUAUUUUUGUCCUAGCUCUACUGAUGAGUAUUUCCUUCUGAACACUUUGGGCUCAUGUUGUCCCACUAAUCUCUGAGAUUAAGACAAUCAGAUUAAAAGGAGUCGGUUAUCAUCCGUCUCCUGAGAUCAAACCACUCCUGAAGAGUUGAGCCUCCACGAAGGCUGAUAAACUAUUAUGUGUGUUUUGUUCCUUCCGAUUGUUUAGGUCCUGGCUAAGGCUUGUCCUCUACCUUUAAUCAGUAGCUAAUAAAGCACACAAGCUCCUGCA